GCCGUAUACUGCGGAAGUAAGAGAUCUUUCUUCGAAGAUAUUCCUUCUCCGCCGUCUGCAAAGAGGUUCCGAUGUUAUUCGCCUUCGAAUUCUCCAAGCUGGCCCUCUCCCUCCUCAUCGCUCGAUCAGCUUCGCACUGCGUUUCCUCACCUCGAACUGACGGUAUGUCUUGUUCUAUUUUUUGUCUUUUAUGUCUUUGUCGGACUUAGCAGGCCGCAAAAGAUCUAUCUUUGCCGUUUGCGCUUCUAGUACCAGCAUCUCCGACCGAAACGCGAGUUACGUAUCUAUCUUUUUCUUCACCUCGUGUGAAAUUGAGUUUUGCGGCAUCGAAUUGAGUUGCACAGGUUCUGUAGGUGAUUGGCUUAAGUGGUUGGCAAAUGUUCUUGUGAAGGCACUAGAAGAACAUGGGAGUGAUUUAAAUGCUGCUAUGAAAAGCGUAUACUCCUUGGUAUCCGCUGAGGUGAAGGAAGCCGAAGAAUUGGCCUCAGGAGAUGCUAAUGCGGAAACUGAUGCCGUUGCUGGUGAAACUCUUACGGCUUCAGACAAUCCUCCCCCGACGAGUGGCGAUGACUGGGUUGAAUUGUUAGUGAGGGAGGUGACCCAAUCUACUGGUGCAGAUGUUGCAAAAGCCCGAGCAGCAAGAGUCCUGGAGGCUUUAGAGAAGAUGAUAAGUGCACGUGCUGUCGAGGAAGCAGGAAAAAAAUUCCAAGAGGAGAAUGUGGCAGUGCAGCAACAAUUGGAGGCCUUGAUCAAGGACAACACAGUCCUCAAACGUGCUGUUGCUAUCCAGCAUGAGCGGCAGAAGGCAUUCGACGAUGCAAACCAGCAGCUAGAACUUUUGAAACACCUGAUUCCUCAGUACCAGGAAAAGCUCAGAACUCUGGAGGUGAACAACUACGCGUUGAGAAUGCAUCUGCAGCAAGUGGAACAUGGCAACUCCAUGCCGGAAAGAUUCAAUCCGGAUGUCUUCUAAAAAAGCUGUGCAAGAGAAAAUCGGCAGGAAGAGAAGGCAAUAAACGCUAGUAGAGGAGAUAUCUAAACUACAAAAACAGAAAUGCUUUGGAUUGUAUUUGCUGUGUAGUCAGUCAAAACAACAACAACAUCUUUUUAUUUUAUUUUUAAAUAUUAUAUUUGGUGCUGCUGUUUGUCUGUUACUCAGGCGCAGUAAUUUGGGAUAUGAAGAAUGUGUUUCGGGUAUAGUGCUGUAUAAUUUUGAACUGAUGUUGGUGUCGGAGACGAAUUGUGCUACCCUGAGACUUGGGUUCUCACCAUUACUUUAUACGAAAAGCGACCAA